AUGAACCAGCCGAAAUUUGCUGCGUGGCUGUCCCUAUGGCUUGUGGGCAGCUGCCUCCUGGCAGGCCUGCUGACUAGCCUCUCUGUCGGUCUCCUUCCAGCGUGGGCUUCUGCUCAGGAUGAAGCCGCACCGCAGAGGACGGGUCCCCCCGGUGCCUCGCUAUGCUCUGGCACAGAACCACCAGACCCAAGUUGCCCCCGCAGGAAAAAAGCAGCCACCCUGGUGCCCUCCUUCACCAAGACGACGACCCCUUCCACCACCACCCACCACCUGAAGACCACGACACAUGCAACCAACCACACCACGGUUCCGGCCAACCACACAACACCCCACCCCACCAAGCAUACCACUCCAUUCCACACCAUUGCUCCAACCAAUCACACCACGGUUCCGGCCAACCACACGACACCCCACCCCACCAAUCAUACCACUCCAUUUCACACCAUUGCUCCAACCAAUCACACCACAGCCAGUCCCACCAAUCGCACCACGCCCCACCACCCCACCAAUCACACCACGCCUCCCGCCAUCGCCACCACGGUCCCGCGGCCCACAGACACACCCCUUGUGGCCGUGGGCAAGUACGUGGUCAGGAAUGGGUCCGUCCCCUGCCUACGGUUGGAAGCGGGGCUCCAGGUCCAAGUACAGUACACCAGCAAGGCGAAGCACCUGCUCUGGGGCACGUUUGCGGUGCAGCCGAACCACACCAAUGCAUCGGGGGCCUGCUCCAUCAAGGUCGCCACCCUCGAGCUGCGUUUCCCGGAGGGUUUCCUCAUCUUCGUCUUCAAAAAGAAUGAAACCAAAGGGACGUCCUACCUGAGUAGAGUCCAGGGCAACGUGACGUACCAGUUCCUACAAGCAACAGAGACCACCUUUGGAGCAGACACGUCGUCUCUGCAGGAGUUUGAAGCGCCCCUUGGGCACAGUUACCAGUGCCGGAACCGAACUUUGUUCCUCACUGGAAAGUUUCACCUUCAUGUCCUGAAAGAACGUGUCCAGGCCUUUGAGCUGCGAGAUGGAGAAUUUGGGGAAGCCGAGGUCUGUACAGAGCAGCGACGUUCACCCCUCCUGGUCAUCAUCGUGGUCGUGGUCCUUGUCCUCCUCAUCAUCAUAGUGCUUGUGGCUUAUGCUGUGGGACGAAGGCGGAGCCAGUCGGGGUACCAAACCCUCUGA